AUGUCCUUCAAUAUAAGUCAAGAAAACGAAUUUCAGACAAUGUAUAUCAAGUAUUUUAACAAAACUUACUCCAUUAUCGAAGGGUCCUAUAAUUAUUAUCUCUUUGUAUUUUAUAUUCAAAUUGCUCUAAUUUUUAUAGUACUAUUCUAUUACCUUUUGAACGUCUAUAUUGACAUCAAAACCUGCCAGUUUUCAACUAACACUCAAAAAAUUCAUCACGCUAUUUAUCUUCCAUGUGUUCUUGGCCAUGUUAUGUGCUUGAUACAGAAAAUUUUAUUGAUAAAGGAUUCUCCGGCAGGAGAUGAUAUGACGAACCCGGUAUUCUACUACAUUUCUUUAUUUCGUGCCAUAUUUUGCUUCCCGGGCUUUUACUGCCUAUCUGCUUUUGUUGCUGAACGGUGGUUUGCCACAUAUUUCCUGAAUGAUUACGAGAAAAACCAAAGAACUUGGCUAGUUGGUCUGAUUUUGUGGAUUAUUUACUCUAUCGCUUUUAUUUCUGCACUCGACUUUCACACUGCUCCUAGCACCGUUAUUCAUGUUACUAUUUUUAUUUUGCUGAGUUGUCUGGCGUAUUUGAGCAACUAUCUCAAUUUUCUGCUGAAUAGAAGUUAUUACUACAAGAGCAACCGUUCUGAUGGAGGAGGUUAUUCAUUGGCACAGAGAUUUCAAAUUUCUGAUAACAUUAGAUUCUCGUUUUUCUUCAACCGUCUGGCGUUAAGCAUUGCGUUUUUCCAAAUUAGUGGGCCGAUGUGUCUAUUGAUAGACAAUUUGAAUAUCUCAAGAUCUUGGAAAAAUCUUAAUACAGUGGUAUUUGACACAAUAUUACUACUAUAUGCAAUUGUCACUCCAUUUGUCAUCUAUCAUCACAAUCCAAAGUACAGAACCGAGCUUCAGAAGAUUGCCAACUCAAUUCGUAAUAUUCGAGUGAGAACAAACAAAAAUCAAAUAAUGCCAAUGGAUUCUCUGGAUGAGAGCUUCAACUCGUUGAGGAUCCAGGACACAUUUGGGAAGACAAUUGUUUUUAAUGUUACUGAACAGACAAGCACUUAUUUCGAGAAAUUAGAUAGAGCUUGGAGUUAAUGUUUUUGUUGAGUUUAUUAAGGUCAUGUUAUAGAUAUAUACAUUAUUGUACUUGUCAUUCAUUUGAAAAUGAAACUAUUUCUUUCCAA